CAUGAGCGGGAUAUAUAACCAUCAACACAUGGCUCUGAGGGACCAAGAUUAUUAAUGGCUUAUUAAUUCUUAUUUAUGGGAGAAAAAGGACGAUUUAUUACACUACACGACGAGAAACAUAAUAUACAACAAUGCCUCGACGUAAAAUGGGUCGUUUGUCUCGGCGCAACAGAGACCAGAGCCGGGCCAAGCAAGCAACAGAGGAGAGAGUACCCCAGUGUAUUGUUAUUAGUCGAGGUAAUGUUGGGAGGGAGAUCAAGAAGCUGACAGAAGACUUGAGGCAGGUGAUGGAGCCUAACACUGCCACCAAGCUCAGGCACACCAAGAACAAUAACAUCAAGGACUUCGUGGCUGUAGCUGGACAGUUGAACAUAACCCAUCUUGUGGCGUUCUCCCAGACGAGCGUUGGUCUGUACUUAAAGGUGUGUCGGAUACCUCACGGCCCGACCCUUACCUUCAGAAUCAAAGUUUUCGCGCGGAGUAAAGAUGUUCUGUCGUCGUUGAAGAAACAUCGGGUACACAGCGGUCUGUACAUAACAGGUCCUUGUUUGAUGACCAACCUGCAGCCUGAGGGUGGAGACCUGCACCUACAGCUGUCAGCCAGAAUGUUCUUAGAUAUGUUCCCAACCAUCACACCAAACCAGAUAAAAACGGACACGAUUCAACGCUGCUGUCUGAUCAACUACGACCCUAACGACGGCUUGUUUGACUUCCGGCACUACUCUAUCAAUGUAGUGCCUGUCGGGAUCUCUAAGGCGGUGAAAAAGUUCAACAAACGUAAACUGCCGGACCUGAGUAGCUAUAAUGAUGUGUCUGAGUUCAUGACAAAGGCAGCAAUAUUGUCCGAGAGUGAAGCAGAGGAUGACCCAUCAGCCCACGUCAUGGCAGAUGUGAAGGUGGCUCGAAGAAAACUUGGCCUGCAGAAAUCCUCGGUCAGAUUAUCGGAACUCGGCCCCAGGUUAUCCCUCGAGCUCAUGAAAAUUGAGGAAGGACUACUGGAUGGUAAGACUCUCUACAACAGAAUUGUCACCAAGACAGACGAGGAGAAAUUGCAGUUAGAGAAGAAACGGAAGCAUAAGAAACAACUCAAGAUGAAGCGGAAAAAACAACAGCAGGAGAACGUGGACGCCAAGACUAGGAAGAAGGACGAACACAAGAAGAAAUGUCUGGAGGGUAUGGGUGUUGGGACGAAGAAAGAGGAAGAGAAGACAAAGAAGAAGAGGAAGGAAGAGGAGGAGGAUGUUGAUGAUGCUGAUUGGGAAGACAUUGAAGAUGAUGAUGCUCAGUAUUACAGAGAUGAGGUCGGAGAGGAACCUGACCCCGACCUGUUCAUGAGUAAACCAUGGGUCAGAAAGAAGAGGAAGAUUGUCGCUGGCAGUGGUCCCAUCAGGAAGAAAUUCAAGAGUGCGGACAAAAACACAAAGGAAGGAAUCAAGAAGAAAACGAAGAAUGACAACGAAGGAAUGAGGAAGACGAAGAAGAACACCGCCGCCAUGAGGAGUGGAAUCAGGAGAGAAAACUUAAAAGGUAGAAAAAUCACCCAAGGUAAAAAAUUCAGCGGUAAAAAAUCGAAAAAACGUUAGUAGCGUCGAUCCUCCCCCACCACCCAACCCCCAACGACCACAAUAAAUUGAGAUAAUCCAUUGAGUUAUUUCUUCAGGCUUUAAUGUGUUUUCCCAUCAAAUAUUAUAACCUACAGUAAUUAUAACGUAAGUUCACCACACUCAUGAGGAUGAUUGAUAGAUUUCCCUAAAAAUAAAUCGUUUAAUUAGUAGUUUAAUGUGAUCAAAUUUUUGUAUUUAAGGUAAUUAUGGUCAGAAAUAGAUAACCAAAACCUGCUGGAUUAUAUUGCCUAAAAUGUGGUCAGGAUUUCAAUCAAGAAUAAAUUAAGGUAAAAGGAAAUAUAUCUAAAUUGUCAA